GAAGGAAAAAUAAAAUUAUGAAUUUAAUUUAAUUUUUUUGAAGCUUUUACAUUUUCAGGCAUUUUUGACCUUAUAAACUACUUACUUGUUGACUUAAUUAGAUUAAAAUAAUAAUCUAAUAAUAUCAAGGUCUGCAAAUAGCAUUAAAUUCAAAUUUUCAAAUAUUAAUUAAAGCUAUAUCGAGUCGAAUAGUAUUAAAUAAUUUUUUACUAACUACUUUAUUAACUAUACUUUUAAAAAAGUUAUAUUUAUAACUUAUUACUAUGUCAUUGUCUAAAACAACAAAUACAUAUAAUCGGCAAAAUUGGGAAGAUUCUGAUUUUCCAAUUGUAUGUGAAACUUGUCUAGGAGAUAGUCCUUAUUUACGAAUGACUAAAGAAAAAUAUGGUAAAGAAUGUGAAGUGUGUGCUCGACCAUUUACUGUAUUUCGUUGGUGUCCAGGUGCAAGAAUGCGUUUUAAAAAGACUGAAAUUUGUCAAACUUGUGCUCGUCUUAGGAAUGCUUGCCAAACAUGUCUCUUGGAUCUUGAAUAUGGGUUGCCUUUACAAGUGCGCGAUGCUGCAUUAAAAAUUAAAGAACAAAUUCCAAAAUCUGAUGUCAAUAAAGAAUAUUUUGUUCAAAAUAUGGAAGCUGAAUUAGCUAAAAUGGAUGAAGCUGGUGGAAAAUGUCAAAAUGCCAGUGAUGUAUUAGCAAAAAUGGCUCGCAAAGCACCUUAUUAUGAAAGAAAUAGACCUCACAUUUGUUCAUUUUGGGUAAAAGGUGAAUGCCGUAGAGGUGAAGAAUGUCCAUAUCGGCAUGAAAGACCAACUGAUCCUGAAGAUCCACUCUCAAAUCAAAACUUCAAAGAUAGGUACUAUGGAGUUAAUGAUCCUGUUGCCGAAAAAAUGAUGAAUAGAGCUAGUGAAAUGCCUAAAUUAGAAAAACCAGAAGACCAAACUAUUACAACUUUGUACAUUGGAAAUCUUAAUGAUAUAACUACUGAAAAAGACUUAAGGGAUGUAUUUUACCAAUAUGGUGAAAUUCGUAACAUUACUCAUGUGGCUCAUCAAAAUUGUGCCUUUAUCCAAUAUACAACUCGCGCUGCUGCUGAAAUAGCAGCAGAAAGUACUUAUGGCCGUUUAACAUUAGGUGGUCAUAAAUUAAAUGUACGAUGGGGCCAUGCUCAAGCCCGUAAAGAUAAAGAAGGAAAUAUUUCAGGUGCAAUGAAAGAAACAAAGAUGAAGCCUACUCCUGGUUUACCUGCUCCAUUACCUCCUCUGCCAUCUGAAUUGCAAAAUAAUUUUUUUAAUUUAACUCCACAGUCAGUACCCGUUGUUGCAACAUCAUAUAUACCAGUUAUGCCCCCAUUACCUCAUCCUAGUUUGCAUUAUAUGUAAUCUAAUCCACCCUACACACCUGUAUUCAGCAAAUAAUAAUUUUAUAAGUUAAUUAUACAUACAGUUUUAAGUUAGUUAUCUCUUUAUAGUAAAUUGUUGCAAUUAUUUUUGAAAAUAAUAUAUGAUUAAUAUGACAAUUCUAAUUCAUAAUCUUUAAUGUACUAUUUUUCUUAAAAUUUAACAUCUGUUUAUUCAGUAUAUUCUACAAAUGUUGAAUUCUAAUUAACAGAAUUUCUUUUUUACUAGUUUACAGUUUUCGCUAGAAAAAUAUUACUCUUCAUUAAAAUAAAAAAUAGCAAUAUCUAAAUG